AUGGAUCCUGUCACCUUGGUCCAGAGUCUCCAGCAGGAGACCACUUGUGGCAUCUGUCUGACAUUCUUCACAAAGCCCGUCACCCUCAACUGUGGCCACAAUUUUUGCCAGUUUUGUCUGAGCAGAAGCAAGGAAGCUGGGGUCACACAUUUCUCUUGUCCUGAAUGCAGGGAAGUCUGCCAGAACUUCCCUGGCCUCAAUGUGCGCCUAUCAAAACUGGCUGCCAUCUGCAAGAAGCUCAGUGCUCAGAACCUACAGAAUCCUGUGGGACAACGCUGCUGCCAGGAGCACCAGCAGGUCCCUAAGGUCUUCUGUAAGGAGGACCAGACCUCCCUCUGUAUAACCUGUACCGAAACUCAGGAGCAUGAGACCCACACUCUUUCCCCCAUUGAUGAGGCUGCUCAGAACUGCAGGGAGAAACUCCUGGACACUAUGCCCAGUUUGAGAAAGAAGAUCAAGGAACUGAAGGAACUUAACGUUUCAAAGAAGGAUAGAGAAGUGAAGUGGAGAAAGCUGAUUAGAGGAGAAUAUGCAAGAAUGCACCAGUUUCUGAAAGAGGAAGAACACAGAUGCCUCGAUGUGGUGACGAAUGAUGAAGUCAUGACUAACCAGUUAAUGGAUAGCUACUACAAUGAAAUGCACCAGCAUUUUAAAAACAUGGAAGAUACUGUCCGAGAGAUGGAGGAGACAAGGAGCAGACCUGAUUUGGAGCUCCUUCAGGAAGGGAAAGAGCUAUUACAAACAUGUGAAUCAAUGCUUUCUGAAAGGCCGAAGUCUUUUAUCCCAGAGCUAAGAGAAUAUCCUGUUGUUGGGAUGAAGGACAUGUUAAAGAAAUUCAGAGUGAAUGUCACUAUGGAUCCUACAGCAACCAAUUCCUGUUUUGUUGUAUCUGAAAAUAUGAAGAGUGUAAGACUUAGAAACAACUAUCUGGAUCAGCCAGACUGUGUGGAUAAAGCUCAUCAUUUUAUCCUUGGUCAGCCAGCAUUCAGCUCUGGUGCAUACUACUGGGAGGUAGAUGUGAGUGAGCAACCUCAGUGGGCACUGGGGAUCUCUGUCAAGUGUCUCAAAAAGAGAAAGACGAUCCAGUACACAGCUGGUUAUCUGUACAUGCUUCGCUGUGAGAAGAGGGGAAAUGAGUUCUACUUGGUCACCCGACCAGGGUUAGUUUGCCAGCUAAUGAAAGUUCCUGUGCCCGUAGUUGGCAUCUAUCUAGAUUGUAAUGAACGAACUCUCCUGUUCUAUAAUGCUGCCAAAGCGUCUCUGAUCUACGAAAUGCACAUUAUGCCAUUCAAAGAGCCUGUCAGGCCUCUCUUCUGUCCUUGUCCCCCAAUGUCAGGAACAAAGAUAGGUGCAAUGACCAUCUGUCCAGUGAAAUGUAAUAUUUGUGGCAAUGCCUGUCUGUGACCAUGAGCAUCUUUGUGCUAGGAAAAGCCAAGCUUCUCACUG